GUUUUGGCCAAUAUAAUUGCAAGUAUGACUUGUCUAAAGCAUACUGUGUGACAUUCAAGAAUAGUAUUCUCAGAUAUUAAUAUUGGUAACGAAGAAUCAGAUCAAUUAUUCAUCAAUGGAGAACAACAAAAGUCAUCCUUCUAUCGACAGUGGACUGAGUGCUAUGGGUCAACUUCCUAUUGAACUUGAACAGCAAAAGACCACUGCAGAUAUAUCAGAUGUCAAUGAAUUUCCAAACAUGCCAGCAGCAAGUUAUACAAACACACACGUGUUGGCGAGCGCUGAAUAUCAAAGAUAUAAAAGCGAAGCAGUAAAAAUCGCAGAAGAUACUUUAACUGAUGGUAAGAGAGUCAUCACAAAUCCAGGAUGGCAUGCAGGAAAGUCAGGCCUUCAUCAAAUUCCUUUGGAUAUGGACAAAGCUAAGUCACUGCCUGGUUAUGGGAUUACUGGAGAUACGUGCUGCAGCAAGAAUGCACUCUUUUGUGCAAAUAUUUGCGGUUGCCCAUCGGAAAAAACAUUGCGAAUUGGCUCAAUAAAAGUAGUCUCUCGAAUUAUAAUGGCGGUACUUGCGUGGGGAUUUGUCUGGUCCGUUACUUUCCCUCCAUGUGCUACUGAAAAUGAAGACGCUGAAAAUGAAACUAUCAGUACAACAUCUCACACUGAAACCACAGAAGAAUGUAUCAUACCCGGUUUACCCGGAUCCAGCUUGUUUGCUAUUCUUAUGAUUUUCUUAUUUGGAAUGGUUGCAGAAGCUCUUAUUGUGCUCAUACCAAUGCCAGCCAACUUACCACCCCUACCACCACUACUUGGUAGCCUACUGAUCGGUAUCUUGCUACGAAAUGUACCUGGUAUCAACAUAGCAACUGAUAUUGACGAACUCUGGUCAUCGAGGCUUCGCAAUAUGGCCCUUGGAAUCAUUCUUGGUAGAGCUGGACUUGAGGUUGAUAAAAAGCAAAUGUACAAUCUUCGUUGGGUUGUUCCGAGACUUUCGUUUUUGCCUUGUAUAACAGAAGCAUGUUCUUAUGGACUCUUUGCUCACUGGAUUCUUGGCUUGCCCUGGGAAUGGUCUUUCAUGCUCGGCUUCGUUUGUGGUGCCGUCGCUCCAGCAUGCGUUGUCCCAUCUAUGAUAAAGUUUCAAGAAGAAGGAUAUGGGGUCGACCAUGGAGUACCGUCUUUACUGAUCGCAGCUGCGUCGAUAGACGACAUCGUUGCAAUUAAUGUUUUCAAUAUCUUGCUCACAAUUACAUUCGGAGGAUCAUCUAUCGGAUACAAUAUUGGAAUAGCUGUAGCAGAAAUUGUUCUUGGAAUAGUUUUGGGUUUUGUUGGUGGUUUCUUUCUUCAGAAGGUUCCUGAUAGACGCCAGCACAACGUCGUUCGUGAUCGUACAUUCCUGUUGAUUGUUUUGUCAUUUUUCUUCAUAUUCGUAACCGAUGGACCGAUUGAUCUCGCCGGUGCCGGCACUCUCGGAACAUUACUGUGUUCGUUCAUAGCUGCAAUUGGAUGGCAGCACAAUCAGGCGGAAGCAGUUGCUCAACACUUUAAAGGAAUCUGGUUUUUCUUCCAACCGUUAUUAUUCGGAUUGACAGGAGCCACAGUGGAUUUUUCAAAAAUGGAUGGACACACCGUAGCUUUAUCCCUUGGGUGUAUGCUGAUCUGUCUCGCUAUCCGACUGACCGUAGCUGGCAAUGCUGUUUCGUUUCUUGGGUGGAGUCACAAAGAGAAAUUUAUGACGGCGAUUUCAUGGAUUCCGAAAGCGACCGUUCAGGCAGCAAUUGGAGGUACAGCUUUGAAUAAAGUCCAUUUGGAAUGUGGAGAUAUCUUGUCCAAAUCGUAUUGUGAACAUCCAGCGGAAGCAACGAAAAGCGCAAUGGCAAACGUGACAAAUGCAGUUACAAGGCACGUGUUUAAAGCCAUAGAUGAUUGCAUUGUUGAAAACACAACAGAAGCCUUCACAUACGAAAAAUGCAAAAAUGACGAAGAGUAUGCGUUGAUAAUUCUGCAAGUUUCGGUUUUAUUAAUCCUCAUAACAGCUCCUGUAGGAGUAUUUCUCAUUGGGGUUGCGGGUCCAAGGCUGCUAAAAAGAUCGCCAACACAUGCACAGAAAGCUGACGAAGAGCAAAAUGGCGAACUUCACGAGGAUGCCAGCGAUCAUUCUGAUACCGGAGUGUGGGAUGAUGGUGUUUAUUCAAUUGAGAAUGGACUUUCAGGAAAAACGAACUUGAAUUAUGAAGACGAAAAUGACGGCGAAACAAAACUAUAGCAAAAUAUAGAAGGUAUACGCUGGAAUGAAUGAAUAAGAUUUUUUCUAAUUGAAGAAAUUACCAAUCACGAAAACUUCGAACGUUUAAAAACAAUAUAUUCAAUCGAAUCUAAAAAAAGAAAUACAAUAAGGCGGUACUAUCGGCGAUUUUGUGAUACGCUCCUAUAAACAUAGGUUAUAUCGGAUUUGGACACUGUUUUAAAGAAUAAACUCUGGGGGUAAAGAGUAAUUAGACAGAAUUGAAUGCCAUGCCGAUAAGAAAAAUAUAAUCUGUAUUCACAUUUGCAGAGAUAUAACGGAAGAGUAUUUAUUUUAUUCAAAAUUCAUCACGUUCUCUUUUUCUUUUCAUGCACUGUAGCAGUAAUUCUUGUAUUUUGUUUUUGCAUUGUUUAUUUGUGGUAUAACAUUUUACAACUAUCGUAAAUUUCAAUUAAUACAAAAACUUUAAAAGCUGA